AGAGGAACAACGCAAGGAAGCGAUCCAAAAAAAAACCACCAUGAAGUUCUUUAUGAUUGCAUCGUUGACUCUAUUGGUCGUGAUGGCUGUUGACUCAACGGAUUACGAAUCUCAAAAAUCCGGCGGCUUUGGCUUAGGUCUGGGCUUUGGUGCGGCUCAGAGUGAAUCUGAAAAGUAUGGGCACGGCAAUGAUGGUGCUAAAAAUAAUGGAUGCGGUGGUGCUGGUGGUGGUUCUGGCGCGGGGGCCGGCAGUGGGGCUGGUAGUGGCUCUGGGGCUGCUGGAGGCGGUGGUUCUGGCGCGGGGGCUGGCAGUGGGGCUGGUAGUGGCUCUGGGGCUGCUGGAGGCGGUGGUUCUGGCGCGGGGGCUGGCAGUGGUUCUGGCGCUGGCAGUGGUUCUGGCGCUGGCAGUGGUUCUGGCGCUGGCAGUGGUUCUGGCGCUGGCAGUGGUUCUGGGGCUGGCAGUGGUUCUGGCGCUGGCAGUGGUUCUGGGGCUGGCAGUGGUUCUGGGGCUGGCAGUGGUUCUGGGGCUGCUGGAGGCGGUGGUUCUGGCGCGGGGGCUGGCAGUGGUUCUGGGGCUGCUGGAGGCGGUGGUUCUGGCGCCGGGGCUGGUAGUGGGGCUGGAGCAGGUUCUGGCAGUGGCUCUUGUUAACUGUUUAAUUAAAUCUUUGAUUUAUUAAUAAACAUUUCCAUUUACUUA